AAUAUUGUUGGUACUUAAAAAGGGGUGGUUCGUAGCUCUUGUCAAAUCUUUCAGUACGUCUUUGGUUUGUAAUCCGUCAUCGGUUGACCUGGAUUGUAAUUAAUAAUCAGACAUGGAUGGUUUCGUCGACAAUUUUGGAGAUGCCGAUGCUGACCCAGCGGCAGAAUUUCUUGCUCGUGAGCAAGACCAGCUUGCUGGUUUGGAAGAUGAGUUAAAACCUGUCUCUUCGACACAACCUAUUAUAGACGGUGCUUUUCCAGUGGAUGGUUCAUUUCUUCCUCAAGAUGUGAAUCAUCAAAUCGAUCCUGCGAGUAGCUUUGAAAUGAUUGACAGCUUCGGACAACAGAAUGGCUUUCCAUCAGCCAUGGGCUCUGAAGGAGAGAAUUCUACCCCUGAAGAGAGGGUAGCCACCGAGCUGGAUGAGGCUGUGAUUGGGGAGCCUGCAAUCGUCGACAAGCCACAGAAUGGAUUUCCAUCUCCUGCACCAGCUGUUUCCAAGCCUGUAGUCAAAGAAGAGCCAGAGAAGAUCAAGAAGUGGCGUGAAGAACAGAAGAAACGUCUCGAAGAGAAGGAUGCCAACGAAGAGACGCGUAAGGAAGAAAUGCGUUUGGCGGCAAAGAAGGAAUUGGAAGAGUGGUAUCGUCAUCAUGAAGAGCAGAUAACGAGAACAAAGACAGCAAACAGGAACGCGGAGAAGCAGUUCGUGGCAGAGGCCGGGGAGAUCGAGCCGGGCACGGAGUGGGAGCGGAUCGCCAAGCUGUGCGAGUUCAACCCCAAGUCGAGCAAGACGAGCCGGGACGUGUCGCGCAUGCGCUCCAUCAUCCUGCAGCUGAAGCAGGCCCCGCCCACGAAGAAGGCUUGAAAGCCGGGCCGUCCCUUCCGACAGUCUCAUCUCGUGUUUCGAACUGCAGGCGGGCGCCCGUCAGCGUCAGCAGAGUGAACCAUGUGCGAAACAACUAUUGUAUGUAGAAGUUGUGAAUAAUCUUUGUUUUCAAAAUAUCAAUUAUGUAUAUUGUUGAAGUUAACCGUAAAAUAUUUGUACGCAGGGCUCUAACUCGGCUCUCUUCGAGAGUGAUAUUAUGGAACAGUGGUUGCACCUGAAUCCUUAACUGUUGUAAAAACCGUAAAUUAUUUGUUUCGUCACCUCCGGAAGUGUUUGUCACGUUCUCAUUUUGUAUAAAUAUUUAUGGCAGAUAUUAUUUUGUGUUCGUAUUUGGUACAUCAGUAUGUUCUAAAUAAAUAUAUCACAGAUUCUUAGAAUGGAUAUUUUAGUUGUAUUUGCUUUAUGUUUGGGGGUUGAAGUUUAUGAAGCAUUAUGUAUUACCUCUUGUAAAGUAUACUGAAGGUUUUUCUCAUGUGCAAUUAAAUUAAGAAUUACUAUAAGCCUUGAGCAAGAGGUACAUGGUGUUUAUAGCAUCAUGAUGGUAUGCUCAUAAUUUUAGUUAAGAGGUACAUCACACAGAAAUCUAGAAAAGCAAAAAUUGUAGAACAGAAUCCCUAGGGUAAUAAAUGCUGAUGUUUCUAUGUGUGUUGUAUGUGCCGUAAGCACUGGUGUGUAGAUUUUGAAAUAAUUUUUUUUUACACUUCAGUUAUUUUUUUGUUUAGCUUGUUUGCCUGUGGGACUCUAGAUUAGUUGAUAUAAAUAGUUAUAACUAUUGGUUUAAUAGCAGUUUGGAAGGCUUCCUAACCCACAGUACUGAUUCACUGUGAAGAUUGCAACUGUUUUGACUAUCAUUUUGAAAUUUACAAACUUCUGAAAAUAAAUUUAAAAACAAACCCUGCCCCUCCCCUCAUUUUUUUUACCAACUUUGAUAUUGGGCAAUGCCAGUGUCUUUUAUUAGGUGGGAAACUAUAUACAUUCCAAAAAAUUGGGGAUUUUGGAAAUUUAGCACAGGUGUAAUUUUUCGAAUUCAACUAUGGAGGAUUUGUUUUUCUUGCACAUAAAUUAGUUUUAUGGGUGACUACAAAUUUAUGAAUUAUUGAAUAUUCAUGAUUGUCAUAGUAUCAAGUGUUAACCCCGUGGUCUGUUUAGCUGAUCUUGCCAUGUCUUCGGUCCUCCCAUUCUCCUGGAUUGAUAUUAAUUUAAAGAAAUAAAAAAUAAUUUUUGAAGUUCUGAUUCAUUCACUUUUGGUAUUUACAUUUUUUCUAUGAUUUCAAACAAAGGUAGAACCUUUUGCUACUGUUUUUUAAAUGCAGUGUUUAGUUGGGCCAGUAAUCUGCAAAUACUUAUUUCAGCCUACACAUCAUUAAUGAGGAUAAAAUAUUUGUGAAUAUAUGUUUGCUUUUUUUUUUUACAAUAGCUCAUUUCCAUUUCUGCUUCCUUUGUCUUGAAUGCUUCUUACUUAAAAAUCUUAACUUUAAUUUUACUUGUGAAGACUCCAAAAAGUUUAUUUUUUCUUUGCAGUGCAAUAUGUUUUGAAGGCAACUUCUAAAAAUUAUAUCAAGAAAUUGAUAAAAUAACCUGGUCAAAAAAUUAUGUUAUAGAGAUAGUUCUUGUGUUAAAGGUAUUCAGUGAAGUUAAUUGUUGUUGAAACAAUUUCAUGUAAAUAUAAAAUUAAUAAAAAUAGGUUUUGAAGAUCAA